CUUUUAUCCUCCAGAAAACAAGGCCACAUGUCAAUUUAUCGCCUUCCCGUUUACCAAACACUCUCUCUUUCUUUCGGGCGCACAAUCACUACAACGUCGUUUUUGUGUCUUAUCUGAUAAAAAACCUAAUCAUUCUUUCUUUUCUUGUUCUUCUUUCUCUAUUUGUCUUCUCAUUUGAAAAGCUUACCAUCAAUCACGCUGUCUCGUGAAUUCAUAUACGAUUAGGGUUUAAAGAUUCUCUCGAUUAUUGCGUGUCGAAUUCGAGAAUUGUUUUCAAUUCUCGAAAACUUUUCGAUCUGUUUAUUUUUUUUACGUGCUUUUCAUUAGGUUAUGUAAGAGAGUUUUAAGCUGAUUCUUGUUGGUCGUUUUGACUUGGAGCUGGAUUGAGUUAGUUAUUUUAACUCAUAAUUUCCCCAAAUUUUAGUUUAUGCUGACACAAUGAGUGGAAAAUGAAUAUAUUUGCAGAAUAUAGUCUCAAUCUUUCUACCGAUUCGGUUUUUCUGGACUUCUUCUCAUUUUCGUAGAAGUGGGAGUUGUCUGCAGCAGUAUUCUGAUCAGGAAGCAUGAUGGGCAUUAAGGAUUGGGUUGUGUCUCAGUUAGUAUCCAAGUCAUUGGUUGCAGCAAGACCAUUGUCAGGCAGUGAUAGUUUUUUUGAUGAGGUACCUCUGGAUGAAGUGUCUGGUGACUCAGGAUCAGAACAAGCUGCCAGUUUGGUUGCACUGCCAGUAGCUGCUGAUACAUCUCACUUUAGCAAUAGUAAUCAAGAAAAUCAAGAUCAUUCCUUACAGCAAGUUGCAGCCGGAAGUUCUUAUCAAUCUUAUUGCAGCACUGAUCAAAAGAAGCUAGAUCCAUUGGCAAAGAUCGAGGGUCUUCAAAUUAAGUUCUUGCGUCUUGUCCGGAAACUUGGCCAGUCGCAAGACAAUCUUUUGGUGGCAAAGGUCUUAUAUAGGAUACACCUGGCAACUUUGAUACGAGCAGGGGAAUCAGAGUUGAGAAAAGCUAAUCUGGGAAGUGAUAGAGCUAGAGGAAUAGCAGCAGAACAAGAGACAUCUGGCCUACCUGAAUUGGAUUUUUCAUUUAGAGUACUUGUGCUGGGGAAAACAGGCGUUGGGAAGAGUGCAACCAUAAAUUCAAUAUUUGAUCAAACUAAGGCCACAACUGAUGCAUUUCGACCUUCCACUGAUCGCAUCAGAGAGGUUGCGGGGACUGUUAAUGGAAUUAGAAUAACGUUUAUUGAUACCCCUGGUUUGUUGCCCAUCUCUACAAGCACUGUUAGGAAAAAUAGGGAACUUUUGUGCUCUGUGAAGAGAUUCAUCAGAAAAUCCCCUCCAGACAUUGUUUUAUAUUUUGAACGCCUCGACUUGAUCAACACGGGCUAUAGUGAUUUUCCCCUAUUGAAGCUUAUAACUGAUAUAUUUGGUUCUGCAAUUUGGUUUAACACCAUCCUUGUCUUGACUCAUUGUUCCUCAGCUCUUCCUGAAGGUCCCAAUGGGUAUCCUGUGAGCUAUGAAUCUUAUCUGACCCAAUGUACUGAUCUGGUGCAGCACUACAUUCACCAGGCAGUUUUCGACACAAAACUGGAAAACCCUGUACUUUUGGUGGAGAAUCAUCCUCAUUGUAGGACUGAUUUUUCUGGUGAGAAAAUUCUUCCAAAUGGACAGGUAUGGAAAUCUCAGUUCUUGUUAUUAUGCAUAUGCACCAAAGUUUUAGGUGAUGUUAAUAUGCUCUUGGACUUUCGAGACAACAUUGAACUGGGGCCAUUGAGUAGUACUCGGCUGCCUUCUCUGCCCCAUCUCCUUUCGUCUUUUCUUCAGCAUCGUGCUGUUGUAAGCCCAACUGGAGCAGAUGAUGAGAUUGAGGUGAUGUCUCUUUCAGACAUGGAGGAAGAAGAUGAAUAUGAUCAAUUACCUCCAAUUCGAAUCCUGACAAAACCUCAGUUUGAGAAAUUGACCAACUCCCAAAAACAGAAUUACCUUGACGAGCUGGAUUAUAGGGAGACCCUAUAUUUGAAGAAACAGUUGAAAGAAGAGUUGCGUAAACGAAGAGAGAGAAAGCGUAUGAAAGAUGGCUGUAUGGCCAGUGAUGAUAAUUCUGAUAACCAAGAGGGGCCUCCGGAGCCUGUUCUAUUACCUGAUAUGGCGGUUCCUCCAAGUUUUGACUCAGAUUGCCCUGUACAUAGAUAUCGUUGUGUUUUAUCAAAUGACCAGUGGCUUGCAAGGCCCGUUCUUGAUCCCCACGGUUGGGAUCAUGAUGUAGGCUUCGAUGGAAUAAAUUUGGAGACUGCUGUGGAAAUGAAAAAAGACAUCUUUGCAUCCGUGACUGGACAGCUGAGCAAGGACAAACAAGAUUUCAGUAUUCAAUCUGAGUGUGCGGCAGCUUUGAUUGACCCCAGGGGACCCACUUAUAGUGUUGGCCUAAAUGUUCAAUCUACCGGUAAAGAUUUGAUCUGUACCAUUCACAGCAACACGAAGCUGAGAUACUUGAAGCGCAAUAUCACUGAAUGUGGAGUCUCUGUGACAUCUUUCGGGAACAAGUACUACGUUGGUGCAAAGCUUGAAGACAGUAUUCUAGUUGGGAAGAGACUAAAGUUUGUGAUGAAUGCUGGUCAAAUGGGGGGUCUUGGACAAGUGGCUUAUGGUGGGAGUUUGGAGGCGACUUUAGGAGGGAGAGAUUACCCUGUGAGGAAUGAAAAAGUCAGCUUGGCAAUGACGGUUCUGUCCUAUAAUAAAGAAAUGGUAUUGGGUGGACAUUUUAAGUCUGGCUUCCGGAUAAGCCGAGGCACAAGAAUGUCGGUUAAUGCAAAUCUAAAUAGCCGGAAGAUGGGUCAGGUUUGUGUAAAGGCAAAUAGCUCUGAGCACAUGCAAAUAGCUCUGAUUGCAGUUGUCUCGAUUUUUAGGGCCCUGCUACGCAGAAAGGCAACUGAUGAACGAAGCAGGGAAGUGCUAGAGAUUGGAUAGUUCAUUUUGGUUUUUGGUGAGAGACAUAUUUAGUUCAGAGCGAAAGCUUUCACGGCAGAGCAAUCUUUAGCUGAAUCUAACAAUUAAACAUUUUUCCCCCACCAGUAAAGGGAAAUGGUUUUGGGCCCGUCAAGUUAUUCUGGAUUUACUAGUAGAUGCCAUUCUCAGAAGUGUUGAAGAGAAAGUUGCAAUGUUCAUUCUUACCCUUUGUUUUUUUUUUUUUUUUUGUGCUCGUUACGUAGCCUGUGUUGGUACUAGAGACUAGAUAGUGACAAUAAGGAUCCCGGUCUAGUUGGUGGCUUUAGCCACAGAGAUAUGUGUUGUAAUACACUGCGGUAAUUAACCGGUAAUUGUAUAGUAACUAGGAGAUGAGCUUUUUCCCCUCGUGAUUCUUUAUCAAGUGACAUUAAGAAUAUCUGAGAUUCCUUUUUGCAGGAUUAAUAUGUUGAGUUUCAUCUUCUUGUAUUGGAUGGUAAUUUAAUUAUAUAGAUCUUUUUUUAUCUA